GAUCCACUAUUUAUCGAUUCGGCUAUAUAAAGUUUAGUUUAACUUCAUCCAGAUCAGAUGUAAAGUAUAAGCCGUUCGAAGAUGUCGAAGAUACUACUGUUGAUUGUAGGAUUUAUAAGCUUUGUUCAGGCCGCACCAAGUGCCGAUCCAUGUAUUAUCAUAUUACCUCCACCAAGACCUUCAGCAACUGUUCCACCAGCAACAUCUGUCACACCAGAAGCACCUAGCUCUACAGAGCCAACACUGGCACCAGUAACACCUAUAGCAACAACUGCACCUACUCCAGUUCCAGCAGGACCGCCAGCGCUCACUCCUGAACAAUUAGCAACAUUGAUGGAGCUGUACAACAUGUACUUGGAAUUCCUCAAAUCUCAACAACAAACAGGACCGGCACCAGUUCCGUUCCCACCACCCGCAUAAAUGUCUUUAGUUUUAAUCAAAAAUGUUGCCCACUUUUCGAAUUUACUAGAGUAGAGAAUAAAUAAUCUACUAAAAUAUGA